CUGAGAGAAGGACAUUUAGCAGCAGCUGUGGAACCAACAGAGAGUCCAUCAUGAGGUGUCUUGUGUUUCUGCUCUUUGUGGCUUUGGCCAACGCCAAGCUCUACCAGCGCUGUGAAUGGGCCCGAGUGCUGAAGGCUAAUGGGAUGGACGGCUACCGCAGCAUAAGCCUGGCUGAUUGGGUUUGUCUGAGCAAGUGGGAGUCGAGUUACAGCACCACAGCCAUCAACCACAACACAGACGGAUCCACUGACUAUGGCAUCUUCCAGAUCAACAGCCGCUGGUGGUGUAACGAUGGCCUCACGCCCACAAAGAACGCAUGCAACAUUAAUUGCAGAGAGCUUCUGACCGACAAUGUCGGAGUGGCGAUAAAUUGUGCCAAGCGCGUCGUUAGGGAUCCCGCUGGCAUCAGCGCCUGGGUGGGCUGGCGCAACCACUGCCAGAACCGCGACCUGAGCUCCUAUUUGGCAGGAUGUGGUCUUUAAAGAACAGGUGGAACCAGGACACUGUCAUCGGCAUAAUACAAUUCUACAAUAUUUAGCUGCAGUGGAUUGAAUCGUUUUGGUUGGUAGCUUGAUAUGUUUGAUCUACCAGGAGUAAAACACAGUUAGUGAAGCUACAGAUUAGUUCUUAUUAAACCAGGCAAUUCUAUUGUUUACUUUCACUGUAUUUAGUUUAUAGUUGACAUAAUGUAACAGAUCAAAUCAGUGAAGAGAAAUGUGGUGAUUUCAGCCAGUAUCUGUUGUUGUCUGUUGCUCAUUUUAAAACCAAAUUAAAAUGUUGAUUUCCACUAAUGACAGUUGUUUAUUCAUUCAUUCAUUAAAAUUAAUGUUAAAACAA